UUGAGUAGUAUGCUGACCCUAGCAACUCUUGUGGCUUCGUAUCUGACAUUUUCCACACUAAAAUAGAAAGAUAAGCUCGCCGGCGAGGUUGCAAUAGGUGCAAACAACCGAACAAAUCUGUGGCGUCCGCCAAUUCAACCAUCAAAGUGGGGGUGGCAUUGUGAUUACCUAGUUCUGAGGUAUGUUUGGUGUCAUCUUGCAUCUAGCUGAAGAAAUAAUCUCAAAUGUUAGAACAUAUAUGUCGGAUCCUCUUUCUGUUACUUUCGGAAAGGUUCUUCGGGGGUAAUUAAGCCUUCCGCAUAGAUGAUAAGUUCAUAUUAAUACUUAAUCAUUAUAUCUUUAUAUGCUACACUUCGGACUUACUUGGCGGUAUUAGGAGAGGAAAGGCGCCUGCUUCCGGGUCAGAUUCUAUAAUGCACCGUCUAGUCUUGUGUAGUUGUGUCACGGCCAUUGUUAUCGGUUACGUAGGCUUUGUUCAAAAAAGUUGGCAGAGCAGCAUGGAGCCUGUUGACCGGUCAGGUAACACGGCGUUCGUCGGCGGCGAGAGCUCGGUCCCUCAACUAGGAAGGUUUAUCCAGACGCCAUUGAUCACGGUCACAAGACUGAAAAAGCAUUUUCAAUACGCCAGUCGAGGCAAGUCUCCUAAAACUCUAUGUUGCUUAUGACCUCGAAAAAUGGGGUUGUUUGUGAUAGUAUUUGGCACGUCUUAGGAACGGAUUCUUCAAGAUCUGUUACACGAACAAUAUGUGGCUUUUCAAGGUCUUCGAUGGCAAAGUAGUGUAGUGGAUAGGCAAUGCAGGGCCACUUAGGGUCACCGAAACAUUUUUGGCUAGACCCCUUGAGAUCUCGGGAUCUCAGCCUUAUAGAAAAAUAAACCUAGUCUCCAAGGGUUCUCGCGUAAAUUAUGAGAUGCUCUCAAGCCAGUCAUACAUCGCAUAGCUGUUUCACAAAUAAUCUUCAACGACAAG